UAAAAUGACAGCGUCAAGUCAAAGAAGAAAGGAUUGAGACUCCACAAAUUUCUGUCUUUUUAUAAAAAUAAAACUAGUAGAUGGAUAUCACCGUAAUUUUUAGUUCAUAGGACAGUGCAGUGUUUUUUGGUGACUUGCAUAUACAUUACUAUCAUUCUGGAUUCCCAAAAGAGGACUUACCUGGACAUCUACAAGAUGGAUCUGGCGGAGACCAUGAAGAGUGUGCUCGCGAAGAGCACCGGCGGGUCGGGCGGCGGCGGAGGGAGCGCGGGCGCGGCGCCGCACGCCGCCGAGGGCUACGUCACGGAGAAGCUGUACAUGCUACUGCAGCUGUAUCUGCAGAACAAGGGCUGGAGCCCCAGCAUCGAGCUCUUGCAAUGUUUUAGUGAUCUUAAGGACUCCUCCAUGCUGCCCAGUGCUGCAUACCUUCAAAUGAUGGCAUCAAGAGUGGGGCUGGAUACCCAAGGCCGACUAAUUCUUAGAGAAAACGGGAAAAUAAUACUGCCAUAUGAGCACUUUGCCAAUGCUGUGAUGCUGAAGCAUAUGAAUGGGCCCCACGGCCUGCAUUUAGGUUUAGAAGCUACAGUCAGAGCAGUGGUAGAAUCAUACACAAUAGGACGGGAGCAGUUUGGCAUGGAAAAAGAGUUCAUCGUAGAGGUGGUGCAGAACUGCCCGAACCCGGCCUGCCGUUACUACAAGAAUCAGCUGGAGAUGACGCAGAAGUCUAUACAGCAGCACCUUUCACAACAGCCUACUUAUAUUCCAGAGUCGGGCGCGGCGAACCUGGCGGACAGCCAGGCGGUGGAGCGCCUGCUGCGCGGCUCGGCGCUGCAGGACUACCAGCUGCCGCUGGCGCCGCACCUCGCCGCCCUCACGGGCCUAACGACGGAGAAGGCGGACCGGCGCACUCAGGCGCAAGACAAACUCUCCCAACACCAGCAACAACUGCUGCUGCAGCACCAGUCCCGCUCGCUGCACCAGGACAAGUACAGCCACCAGCGCUCCGGAUCCUCAUCCGACACCAAGAAGCAUCACUACACGGAUGAGCACAAGCUCACUGACUUUCUCAGAGCGAACCUAGAAAGUCUAGAGUCCCUGUCGGGGUCGGGCGGCAGCGCGAGCGGCGCGACAAGCGCGUCAGGCGGCGGCGGCGGCGGCGGCGGGCAGGAGCGCGUGGUGCGCGCCUUCGCGGAGCUGGCGCGCAACCUGCAGCGCAUGCGGCCCUGCGUGCGCCCCGCCAUGUGCAAGCCCUACGGCAAGCAGUCCGAGCAGCUGCAGAAGAUCCUGCUGGACACGAUCCAGCUGGUGCAGUCGCUGCGCAGCUACCUGCCGCCGCCGCACAUCCAGGUCACCUCGUGGAAGAACGACGACAAACUACGUUCGAACAACAUGGAAGAGAUCGAGAAUCGCAAAAUAGUGAGUGGCAACUAGCCCCAGAGAGUCUGCGGCUGAGCCCCAGAGAGUGAGAGGGCACUCUAGGUAGUCUCACUUCUGCUCACACUGACAGUGCACCGGAUUCUAACACUAGCGAUAUCCAUGUCAAAUAAAAGUCACCAUAGACAGAUAGAUAUCUGUCUAUGGUGACUUUUAGAUAAACAGCAACGAAAAUAUAGUCCGUCUCUAUUUUAGUGUUCUUUCAACCAAUUUGAUUCCUAGGCUACUAUAAAACCUCGCUUUAACUAGAAAUAUGAAAUACAUCACACAAUAAGCACUGUCGUAGAAGAUAAACAUAUGAUUUAUUACGACAUGGUUCUAUAGUGGCCUAUGAAUCAAAUUGGUUGACUGUACAUUUUCAAAGCUGCGCAAGUAUGGUUUGGCCAAGCGUCGUUGUCAAAGGUAAAUAAUACUGUCUUUUUAUUACGCUAGUAUCAUCACAAUAAGUUACUGACAGAUUUGGCUAGGCAACCUAUAUCUGGCAUAUCUGCUCAUCACGAAGUGAUACACAUGUGGUUACUGUGUAUGUAUAAUGGCGUUCAAUAGAAAUUUUCUAAUCUAUAUUCUUCUAAAGCAAGUUCAAAAUCCGAAUAGGUUUGAUUUUUAGGGUUCCGUACCCAAAGGGUAAAACGGAACCCUAUUACUAAGAUUUCGCUGUCCGUCCGUCCGUCUGUCUGUCACCAGGCUGUAUCUCACGAACCGUGAUAGCUAGACAGUUGAAAUUUUCACAGAUGAUGUAUUUCUGUUGCCGCUAUAGCAACAAAUACUAAAAACAGAAUAAAAUAAAGGGUUAAAUGGGGCUCCCAUACAACAAACGUGAUUUUUGACCAAAGUUAAGCAACGUCGGGCGUGGUCAGUACUUGGAUGGGUGACCGUUUUUUUUUUCUGUUUUUUUUUGCAUUAUGGUACGGAACCCUUCGUGCGCGAGUCCGACUCGCACUUGCCCGGUUUUUUUUAAUACCAAGUCGAUAACCAACAUCAAAAUCACAAAGUUACUUCGCAAUCGCAAUAUUAAAAUGUUUGGCCUUUUCUAUUGAAUACUAUUUUGCAUCACUUUACACCAUAAUAUAAGUGCAUAGAGUCCGGUUCGCUCUUUCACUACCGGUUUAAGUUGUUUGCUACACGAAUAUAGAAAGCUCCAAAUAGCAGAAGUAGGUACUUUUGUAUGGCAUUUUAUAUUGGUAUACUGGAACUUUCUACAUUAGGGUAGCUUACUUAUAAUUUUUUUUUUAUAAAUUGUUGUAAAACAGCAGCGGGAAUGUUGUAAAAAUUAGAAUUAGUCUGAUUUACGGAUAAUAAAAGUAUUGUGUUUACUUGCUGAUCGACUGAUCGCACAAUAUUAGAUAUCCAUAAAGUACAAGCCGGGAUGGAAAAUUUAAAUAAGUAGAGGCUUACCUUGAAGUCUUCUUAUACCUACAUAUAUCGUGUGUUCUCUAAAUGUGGCUUGCUCUUGAGGCCUGCUGUUGAUUGUAAUUGUUCUCAUUAUUACUAAUAUUAUGCUUUACUUUUUUAUUUUUAUACACUUUCUCCUUACAAGCCGUUUUGGUUUGUGUUAUUGUAUACGUUUAAUAUUUAUCUUAGUAUUUAUUUUACGUUUUUGUUAAAUUUCUUUACCUGUUAUUGUUCGUACACGUCGUGUACACGCUUUAUUGCUUUUGCUGUUGAGAUCUUUUUGCAGUUAUGGAUCCUGUUUCGUCCUUCUUUAUUUGAAUGUAUUAUCGUAAGUGCAUUAUUUACACUGUGAUAGUGGUGUAAUAGGUAUAGGCCUGAGCGAAGUCUUGACAUGAUUAUAAGUCAGUUUCAUUAAAACGAAGUAUGCGGUAGUAAUAAUCUUUACGACCACACGGAAUAAUUCAUUUUCAUAAAUUAGAUCGGAGUUUUUUUCUAUUUGAAGUUAUAACAAUAUUUUUUUGCGCUAUAGCUAUAUAAAUAUUUUAUAGCAUUUUCGCAAAAAUAACCAUUCAUAAUGAUAAUUUACAUUAGUAUACAUAGUAGCAACCAGAAUCAUUACGAUUAGUAAUGAUCAUCUUGAUUCUAUUUUCUAUUAAGAAUGAGUAAAUAUAUGUUUUUUUUUUAACUUUAAUUUCAUUAAAUUGAAACCAUGUUUAUUUGUCAAGAGUUAGAAGUAAAUUGAAAUUGAAGUCGCCAAGUCUUGUCGUGUGUGAGAAGAGGUAUCUUAUCGAAGACUGCAUUUUUCAUGUCGUUAGCUAGCGUCGCUUGUGAAUAUAAGGUUAGGUUUGAUGGCUGCACACGGGCGGGGGGUUGCUGAACUUAGGGCCUGUCGCCACGCUCGACAUGUUGCCUUUCUGUCGCACUUGUAAAUUCAUACGUAAGUGUGACAAGGCAACACGUCGAACGUGGUUUGCGGUAGGCCCUCUGCUCCUGUAGUGUACUUACGGACCGACAAAAUAGAGGCUUAUCUCUUCAACCGUGGGGGGUCUAAAACCUAUGUUCUUGAAGUUAUAAGUUUAGAAUUGUUUUUAUUUUCUUUAUCCUGACCUGAUAUCGGUUGUAUACGCCAAAGUGGAUUUUACGUUUACAAUGUAUUUACGCAACAAAAUGUAUAACAAUAAAAAUGAAAAGUACACGACACAUACCCGCUUGUACGCUGCAUAAGCUGCUUUUAAAAGGACUGGAUGACCGCUUCGUAACCCCGGCUACACACGUUAACUAUAAAUCGUAGCGAUUAAUCUGUGCAGUCCGAUUUGCGCAGUUUUAUCUACCGUGUGUAUGACAAAACGUUGUCGAUUAUCGUAACGAUUGUCAUACACACGGUAGAUAAAACUGCGCAAAUCGGACUGCACAGAUUAAUCGCUACGAUUUAUAGUUAACGUGUGUAGCCGGCAUAAGUUACUGUUAUGGUGCUUUCACACGUUGAGAUCAUGAAAUGCGCUAUCUACUUUAGCUAUACUGCAAAACGUAAUUCAAGACCAAAAAAAGUGAGACCAUGUUGCCAUUGCAAUAAUUUGUUUCUAAAAUUGUAAAUUCCUUUUGAUAAAUAAUCACGCUAAGAUAAUUUAUUCAUUAGUAAUUUUACUCCUACUAUUUAAAAAAGUACUUUUAUUUAUUUAUUUGUACAUAAAUACAAGACGCGCUAGUAAAAAAGUGGCAACAUUUCUUACUUUUUUUGGUCUUGAAUUACGUUUUGCAGUAUAGCUACUUGCACAUUGCAAAAACACCACAACAAAUAGUUGUUCAGCAACGGCAUCAUGGUCAUAAUUUUAUCACUGUCAUGCCAUGCAUCACUUUCGCACUUAUAACUGAUAACGAGCGGAUCUUAGCCAUACAGGAUAGCGACAGGUUGUGGAUAAGAAGCGUUUACAUUUUGAUCGGUCAAAGAUGUUUUCACCUCAGCAGCUCGAACAAGGGUACUUUGAUUCUUAAAAACAGUGAGCAAAAUGCGAUUUUGCUCACUGAGUCAUUUUGUCUCACUCAGUGAGCAAAAUCGCAUUUUGCUCACUAAUGAUACAAAAUGAGUGAGCAAAAUCGCAUUUUGCUCACUGAGUGAGACAAAAUGUCAUUCAAGUGACCUUUAUAGUCAAAUGUCAUUUCAACAUGCGGGGUCUAAUACAAGUUCGAUAUACUUGGGUUCUAUUAUCUCUGUCCCUCUAGUAUGUUCUCACUGCUUAGGGUGAAAAAUUUUGUGUACUACACGAGAUCAAAGUUAUUUACAUCUCGUGCGCUUUUGAAUCCCUUACUACGCUCAAGAUUCUAAACUAGAUUCACUCGCUACGCUCGUGAAUCUAUUAUAGAAUCUUUCGCUUGCACGGGACUCAAAAUAAGCACUCGAAGAAAUAUCAAACUUUGAUCUCUUGUUGUACAAAUAACUAUUGUUGCCGCCUAAGUGUGCAGUAGGGUUAAGUACAAUAUAAUAAUAACGCAAGUUGCUAUUUACUUCCAAAACAUCACAUAUGUGAAAUGUACUACAUAAGUUUGCUAGUGCAAUAAUUAGGCAAAGCCUACCUUAAACUUAAAAUUUUGUAUCUGUAGUACUGUACGUUUAUAUUAUAUUAGUGAACAUUAUGCAAAAACUGUUCGCAUUCGAAAAUGUAUCAUACCUUAUUUUUUUCGAAACUUGUGUUUUACGGUGGGUAAUCCACAUGUCCAAUUACUUUGUCCAAUGUGAAUUUUGUCUCACAUUUUGGUUAAUGAGAGAGUGAGACGCGAUGACAUUGGACCAGCAUAUUGGACAGGUGGAAUACCACCCUUAGUUACAUCACACGUUUGACUGUUGUCAAUAUAUUUUGUCGUAAGCAGCUUGGUUUGGCAAGGGAAGUGCAUCUAGUGCUCUUUUCCGAUUCCCUGGGCGCUGCGGUUGGGAUAAUGGGAUUACAGAGGGCAUAGGUUUUAUCUGUCAAAUUGUCAAUAAGUACUACGUGUAGUGUAAAAUUAUUGUUUUUUUUUUUGGAAUUUUAUGGCUUGGAUGCUAAUGCCCUUUAAACCAAAUUCCAUAUAACAAAACUGAAGACACGUAAAACCUUUGCUGGCGCCAUUUCUAAAAACCAUUGACAGUUGCCAACCCCCAUUGUUUAUUAUCGUCGGACGUCUUAUUUGUGGAGUUUUAUAUUAUAAUUUGGUACUUUGUAUUGUUUGCACCAAAUCUUUUAUUGGCAUUUAUGUGUAGUUUUUAUUUUAGCCAGUUACUUUGUUCAGUCAGCAUUGGAACAAGUAAAAUGACCAUUUCCGUGUAAGUACAUCUUUGGCAAGCUAAUCGAUGGAUGCACAUAUAUGUGUUACUAUUUAUGUAUGUUCCCACACUCCAAAAGUAGUAUAACUGUGUCCCAAUAUUUGUCAUCUUUUGUUGCUCCAAACUUUUUGAUGCUGACUGACACUAAAGGGCUAAAGGCUCAUUUAGACGACGCGCGAGAACUCUCAUGCGAAAUCCAUUACAUUGCGUAAUUUCAUCGGUCGGCUGAAUUAAGUGUAUCCUCAAUAGGCCGCAAUGUAACUAAAAUCGCAUGUGAGUUUGCGCGCCGUCUAAAUGAGUCUUUUAUACUAGUUAUCUAGUAUAUAUGAGGCUAUUACGUUUGGGUCGAAUUGCUCUUCGUAUAAGUAUUUAGUAUUAAGUUUAUAUGACCGUUGUACACUCUUGCAAAGUAUUAAAAAUUCAAAAGAAUCUCACUCUGUAUUAGAAUUAAGAGUUCUAGUCAAAAAUGGACUUCAUUUUAUGUUGAAUUGGAAGUGUUACGUAACACAAAUAACUAACAUUUUACUUAACUAACACCAUAGUGUUGGAUGAAUUCUAUGUAAUGUUUUAACAAUAAAUUUAAUUCAGACUGAUAAAAAGUAUUUCUAAUGUGACCGUUAAUAUUUGAUCACUUAGUGUUUAUUCCGAUCUCAACAUUUAUGAUAUUUUUGGACAUGUUAGCAUUCAACACUAUGUAGCAGUGAAUAUUUGGUUGCGAUGUAAAAGUAUAAAAAAAUCUGAAUAGGUUUUAUUUUAUACUUUUUUAAGUCUUAAAUGUAAAUUAAAAUCAUCAAAAUAAAGAAAAAAUAGAUAAAUAUUUUUUGCAUAAAGUGGUUGUAUGUAAUUGUGUAUUUUUUGCAUGAGCCUUCUGUAUAAAAGUCGCCUUUGUUCUCGACUAUUCCGGUGAGAGGUCUAUUAUUUUAUUACGUUUGGGUUGAAGUUAAAAGAGUUAUGUAUCCAUUAUAUUUAAAUGAACAUUUUAUUGAUUCAAAUUGGCAUCUUGUUUCCUGUGAUAGAAUUUCGAUCAAAAUAAAAUUUUGACAUUUAAAUGCAAUUAUAACUAAAAGUACUCUACAAUAGAUCAUGCACUAAUUCCUUACGGUCAAAUCAUUCAUUUGCGAGAAAAUUAUAAGGGUAUAUAGUUUUGUUUAACAUUAAAUAAGGAAUUUGCAAGUUCUAUUAUCGAGUGCUAUAGUAGAGUAUUACUCAUUUUGGUUAAUUAAUUAAAUUACUAAACAUUUGUUGGUUAAUCGAUGUAUCUAUAUCUGGCCUUGCCAUGUAACUUAUUAUUUGCCGACAUUAAAAUUAUUUUAUCUUGUAAAAGUGGUAUUAUAGUGGAUUGAGAAAUCAGUGCUUAGUAAUAAAUAAAAUUAUUUGAUCA